UUGAUUUUUAUUUUGCCUUUAUUAUUGUUUACAACUUUGUUGUGCAACCACUAUUCCUCUUCUCCUAAUAUUAAUUUUCUAUUAAAAGAUAGGUUGAAUGAUGUGUUAAUUUUCUUCAGUCACUCCACUUACUCUCCUAAGCUGUCAUUUCUAUAUUUAGACAAAUGAAUGCAAAAAGAACCAAAGUUUUCUCUUAAUCUGCCUCUCACUUGAUACUAUUCCUUAAAGGCUUACUAAGCUUUAGAGGAAUGAUCUUCCAAAAUAUUAUAGGAUAUGCAUUUGUUCAGCAAAACAGUUUAGCUUGCUAUGGUUUAUUUAUUUGAUUUCUGUAUGAUGAUACAUUGGCUUUAAUUACUCAUGUAAUUAAAGAAUGCAUUGAUAAGAAUUACUAUGUAUGCCUAGUCUUUGCAAUUGGAGAAAAGUUUAAAUCAUGUUGAAAAUUCACCCAUCAAUCAUUUCAUUUAGCUACACUAACAUCUCUUCCAAACUUGAUUCUUGUGACUACCUGAACGCAUGUAUGUUAUAUUAUUGGCAACAAUACAGGUUACCAUUGCUUCAUCCUUAAUUCGAUUCAGAGAAUGAGCCAUUUUUUUUAUUUUCCAAGGAAAGAAAUUUGAAAUAAUAUUCACAAGAGAGUCAACUUCAUAAUCUCCUACCGAUCAUACUCUUACACUUGGAGGUUUUAUAUUCUUUUAAAGUUCCCAUUCAUUGCUUUCCCCUUCUAUUUUCCCAUUUAUACCUAGUCUAAAGCCUCUCAUAACCCGCUCCUUAAUUUCAGCAAGUUAGCCCUGGAAGAGAACGGAAAACAUCUGUGUUUAGCUUGAAAACUACAAAAGCCAUGAUACAGUUCGGGAAAAGCGCCUGUUUUCAGAGGCCUCUUAUAAAGAAAAGAACUCCUAUAAUAAGGAAGUUCUCCCAAAUACGACUACAUCCCCCAUAGUUCAAGGCGACCAAAAUAUCCGUAUGGAGUCCGCCCCUGGCCACCUCCCUCUCCCCGGCAGAGCGCCCGGAUAAAGGUUCCGUUCCUUGCGCAGUGCGACUUGAUGCAUCGCUGCUGACAGGGGAGCUGGAGGUUAAGGCUGGGGGAAAGGCGGCAGCGACAGCCUGGCAUCGUACGACUCCCCAUUCCCCUGGUGGGAAGAGGACUCUGGAGUUGAAGCCCCGGCGGAAGAAAUGUCGGAGGGAUGCGGAGGCCCCACCGUCCGCGGCUCCGGCGGAGGAUUAAACCGCGAGCUAUGCCGCACGUUCGGCCACUACAACCGGCACCUAACGCGAUUGCAGCACAACUUGCGCGAAACGAAGAAGUUCUUCCGCGACAUCAAAUACUUCCAAGGCCCCACUGUUUUCCCCGUUGCUAAUGCUGGGCCUCCCGGGGAGGAGCCGCCUGAACAACACCCCGCCCCUUCGGCCGUUGAUAGCGCCCCUGCUGGUGGGGGUGCCUCCCUGCAGACUGGACAGCUAAGUUCAAUUGCUUUUCCUCGACAUGAGGAGGAAUACCUCCAGCUGACAGUAAGAUGUCACCCAUGCUUAUUAAUCUUCGGACAAAACUGUAAUGCCAAAUGCCAAUUACUCAACAUGCUCUUGGGAAAGAGACUGCUACCUACCACCAAAAUUAGCAGUGAGGAUCAUUGUAAGAGGCGUCGAAUUCGUUUCACACACGGAAGACAGACACGGAUCAGUUUAGCUCUACCAGGACAGUAUGAAUUGGUGCAUAAUUUGGCAGCUCAUCAAAGUAGUUGGGAAACAAUACCUGAGGAGGACUUAGAAAUCCAUGAUGACGAUGAGGAUCUGGCACAUCAGAUUGCAGAGUUGGAGGUUACACUGAAUCAUACUUUAUUACAGGAAAUGGAUAUUGUGAUAGCUCCAUGUCGGGGAUUCCAGUCAGCUGAAGACACUUUGGGAGAAUACAUCAACAGCGUUCUUCCAGUCACCACUUUUGCCAUCAGUGAGGCUGAACUUUCAACACUGGACAUGAACGAGUUGCAAGAAAUUAAAGAAAAGUUUGCUUUACCCAUCUUCUUUUUCAAAGUAUUAAAUUUGGGAUCUGAACUAAUAUCUCCUCAAAAUGUGGAAACUGAAAAGUCUUCCCUUUUUCGGCAACUGCUAGAUUUAGAUUAUCUUAGUAGCAACCAUUGCAGUUGUGGAGCUCCUAGCACUGAUGCCAAAGCCCAAAGCAUGUUGGUAGAACAGUCUGAUAAGAUUCGUCUGCUUAGCACUUUCUCCAAACAAGUACUACAACAGCGCUUGGUAGAUGCUGCUACCAUUUUGAACAUUGUACACUACCGUUGCUUAGACAUUUUCAUCAACCAAGCCUUUGAUAUGCAACGAGACCUGCAAAUCACUCCAAAGCGUUUAGAGUAUACGCGGAAGAAAGAGAAUGAGCUGUACGAAUCUCUGAUGGGUAUAGCCAACCGCAAACAAGAAGAAAUGAAAGAAAUGAUAAUUGAAACCCUCAAUAACAUGAAAGAAGAGCUGCUGGAAGAUGCUGCUAAUAUGGAAUUCAAAGAUAUAAUUAUUCCUGAGAAUGGGGAGCCUAUAAGUUCUAAAGACAUUAAGUGCUGUAUUAAGCAAAUCCAGGAAUUGAUAAUUUCAAGGUUAAACCAAGCGGUAGCUAAUAAACUGAUAAGUUCUGUGGACUACUUGCGAGAGAGUUUUGUAGGCACUCUGGAAAGAUGCCUGAAGAGUCUGGAAAAAUCUCAGCAGGAUGUUUCAGUACAUAUUACAAGCAAUUAUUUAAAACAGAUAUUGAAUGCAGCCUACCACGUAGAAGUUACUUUUCACUCUGGUUCAACAGUAUCACGGAUGCUGUGGGAACAGAUCAAGCAGAUAAUACAACGGAUCUCUUGGGUGAGCCCACCUGCUAUCACCAGGGAGUGGAAAAGGGAGAUAGCUCAGGAUGCCAUUGAGAGUCUUAGUGCAUCCAGAUUGGCAAAGAGCAUCUGCAGCCAGUUCCGAACAAGGCUAAAUAGCUCUCAUGAAGCUUUUGCUGCUUCUUUGCGACAGCUAGAGGCUGGCCAUUCAGGUAGGCUUGAAAAAACAGAAGAUCUUUGGUUGAAGGUGCGGAAAGACCAUGCCCCUCGCCUUGCCCGUCUAUCACUGGAAAGCAGGUCCUUGCAAGAUGUUUUGUUACAUGGCAAACCAAAACUAGGACGUGAAUUGGGCCGAGGGCAAUAUGGAGUGGUGUACCUAUGUAAUGCCUGGGGGGGACACUUCCCAUGUGCGCUCAAAUCUGUCGUUCCACCAGAUGAGAAGCAUUGGAAUGAUCUUGCAUUAGAAUUUCACUAUAUGAGGUCACUGCCAAAGCAUGAGCGGUUGGUAGACCUUCAUGGAUCCGUGAUAGAUUACAGUUAUGGAGGAGGUUCCAGCAUUGCUGUUCUACUGAUAAUGGAACAGUUACACAGAGACCUCUAUACUGGAUUAAAGGCUGGUUUGACACUGGAGACAAGAUUACAGAUUGCACUGGAUGUAGUUGAAGGGAUCCGUUUUCUUCAUAGCCAGGGGCUUGUUCAUAGAGACAUCAAACUUAAAAAUGUACUGCUUGAUAAAAACAAUAGAGCUAAAAUCACUGACCUGGGAUUUUGUAAACCUGAAGCAAUGAUGUCUGGAAGUAUUGUUGGGACACCUAUACAUAUGGCUCCUGAACUCUUCACAGGGAAAUAUGAUAACUCUGUGGAUGUGUACGCAUUCGGCAUCCUAUUCUGGUACAUCUGUUCAGGACAUGUGAAAUUACCAGAGGCUUUCGAGAGAUGUGCAAGCAAGGAUCAUCUUUGGAACAAUGUACGAAGAGGUGUUCGCCCUGAACGUCUUCCCAUUUUUGAUGAAGAAUGUUGGCAGUUGAUGGAAGCCUGUUGGGAUGGAGACUCUUCUCAGCGCCCUCUCUUGGGCAUUGUCCAACCUAUGUUGCAGGGAAUAAUGGAUAGACUUUGCAAAUUGUACUCUGAGCAGUUAAACAAAGGACUCGAUGAUUCCACUUGAAGAUAUUGUGAAUUUGUUCAGUUAUGUAAGAACCUGGGUCACCACUUUGCCACUGACAACUCAGUGGCUGUCUGGAACAAACCAGCCAAAAAUUGAGGGUUUAGGUGAGAUUAUUGAAAUCCCACCUUUAUAGAGUAGCCAGAGACUUCUGUUUUCAAUACACACUACUAAUGUAGCUUGACAGUGCUUCCUUCAUUCUUAAAAAUAAAUUAGGAGCCUGGGAACUUAGACCGUAGUCUGUAAGGGGUUUUACUUAUCCAUUCAGAUGAAGGCAGAAAGUACUGUUAAGUUGGGAAAUCUGGCAGUCAAUGCAACUGCAUCUUAAGCUACAGUUCCUGCUAACUAGAUGCAUGUACAUCAGCCUUUCUGAAUGUUACACAUAUGAAUGUGGAUGAUUGGAAGAAAUAAGAUGGUGUCCCUUCCAAAGGGAGGGUAGUCUUCUAAUUUUUGCAGUGCAGAGAGCUGUGAACUAAUUUGGACUUUUGAUAAUAUCUGUUAUUGUUUGCACAAUGGGAUCAAAGCUCAUAAUGGGGAAGUCUCACUGCAAGAAUAUCCCAAAGUAUAAGCUCACUGUCAUUUAUGAACCAAAUUACUUUUGGGGAAAUUGACAAAUAGGUGACAAUGGCCUGAUUUUAUUAUUACCAUUACUUUUCAAACUUUAAGACAAUACUUCACCCAAAGGUUGUUGAUAUAUUGAAAUAAAAAGACAAGUAACAAUUAUUGUCUGUACCCAAUGGACAACCAAAUGUUUUUAAUUGUGGCAGAUUUUGCUUUUCUUUUUUCCCUUUGAAUCUAAAGAAAGGCAAUGACUGUUUUAAACUCUUAAUGUCAACUGGCUAUUUUAAAAGAUUUUGUUAGCUUUGUAUUUUUAAGUCAUUCCUUUGAAGACUAUUUAAGAGAAACCUGUCACUUUUCUAUGGAUGUGUCUGACCAUCAUUUUCUUCUUUGGGCUUUAUCAUUUAAUAUUUCCCAUGUAAUUUACAUACUCUAACACAAACAUUGCUUUUCAUUUGUUUAUACACAAUUUCGUUUCAUAGCACAAUAAUUUUAAGAACAUGUAGGCUGAAAUACAAUGUGUCUGGCAGGGAUGUAGAAUGGGACCAACUACCAGUGUUCCCUCAGCUGUUUGGAGAAUGAGAAAUACCAUUUUCCUUCCCUGUGCAAACUGCAUCACCUUUUUUUCUAGGAGGCACCUUCUCUUGUACAAAGCAGAAACGGGGCCUCUUAACCCUACUUAUGUAGAUCACUAAAAACAAAAGUAGCCCCACAGUGUUACUCAUUACCAAAAUAAACCUUUGUGUGUGUGCAAUAAAAUAAGAUAUCAUGCUUUUAAAAUGACUGCUUCUUACUUAGUUGCAUUUAUUGUUCUGUUGCAGUCUAAAGUUGUUUUGGCACUUCUGUCCAAAAAUUGUAGUAUUUGGCAAAUUUACCAAAAUAGGCAGCCAUAGCUGUGAACAUUACACAAAAGCACCUUUUCUCGAAUAAGAAGUUCUAAUAUUGCCACAGAUGUAUUUUUGGACGAUCAUUCCAGUCACUUGACAGUAUUAUUUUAUAUCUUUUGUUUGUGCUAUGGUGGCUAGUGACCUUGUUUAGAAUUGGGAGCACCUUGGUCAGUAUAUUUUUGGAAGUAUAAAAAUAGUUUAUGUAAUAUAAAAUGAAGCUGUUUUUGAACACAUUGUGUAUAGCUUUUACCAAUCAGCUACUUUUUCACUGGUUAUCUUGUGCCUUUAAAAAAGAAUAGUUGUCAAACCAUGCUCUUUUGGAGCUGUCUUCCCCCUUGACAUAAAAUUGGCUGUAUCACUUCUCAGUAUAAAACAUGCUUGCACUUUUCUGCUGGGAAUUUAUUUUUAUUUGUGCUGUUAUCAGCCCGCACAAACAGAUGUCAUAGCAGCAAAAAACAGAUGGAUGUUUUUGUUCCUAAAGAUGCUGCUAGUAAAAUACAUUAGGUUUGAAUUUAAAAGAUACAUUCCAUUUAUUAUAAAGUUGUGAGUUUUCCUAGUGUUAUUAUUACCGACUGUAGCAUGAAAAAUGCAGCAUAAAUUGUAAACACUAAAUAUUUUCAAAGAUGAAGGCAUAGGAGCAAAAUGUGGUAUUAUCCAUAAUAUUGCGAUGGAUACCAGCUGUCAAACCAAGAAUCAAAGAGAUUUGACAAAAGUAUAACAUCAGAUCUCUCUAAAAUCUCCCAGUUAUGAUUGCCUAUAACUCUCUCCCUACUUCCAUUAAAACUUGGUUAAUUUUAUCUCAAUUAUUCCAUGCUCAGAAUGAUACUUUAUUUAUUGAACUGUACUACGCAAGGUUUACAUGUUACUGCCAACUGAAUAGUUAAGCAGGUGCUCCAGAAGAAUAGCUUGCUAUGUAUGCAGAUCAAAGGAAAUCCAGCUAGUUUACAAAACAGAUGUAACUGCAGAAAUUACACCUGGCAGGAUUAAAUUAUUGACAUUGGUGCUAGUAAUUGAUGUUUCAUAGGUGAAUAUUGAAGUUUUUUCAUUGCUUAGAUUGUCCGUUUUGAUUUGGGAACUGGCCUUACAAGUUCUGGACAAACACUACAUAGGAGUUACAAGAGCUACAUUUUAGCUUACAAAGCAAGCCUUAAAUUCAGAUUAAGACUGCAUUGUUGUAGUGCUGAAGUCGCAGCCUUAGCUUGCUGGUGCAUUGCUCCUACCAGUCACAUUGCUAUUUACAUGGAUUGUGGCAACUGACUUUUUUUUUGGUAUCACCUCAAACUUCUAUUGCUUAUGGCUUGAUUGUGCAAUGCACACUGUUCUAGCUUUUCUAAUUAAAAAACAAGCUCUACCAUUUAACAGUUUUUAUAAGCACUUCCUUUUUGUUAGUUCUUUUUUCUGUUCCUUCCUCUCCUGUUACAAGGAUUUGGAAAGUCAGGAGAGAUACUUGAAUCAUCAUUUUCUUAUUAUUUCCAGAGUGAUAGACUUAAUGAGAGGAACAUCAGCACUGCUUCUUUAUUUAAUGUGUUUUUGUGCUGAGCCCUUUUAGAGAUGUAUAUAAUGCUUUGUCUAUAUCCACUAUCUCUUAAGUCAGAUGUUAUCCUUUUAAAAAUAUUAUUAUUGGUUUAUUUUACUCCAGGGAGAGAAGAGCAUAUUUGCAUAUAAAACUCUCUUAGGGGCCUAAACAGCACUGCAUUUCUUUACCAUUUUCAUUUAGGCCUGUUAAAUUGAUGGUCAACUAUUACACUUGAUCAGGAGCAGAUGAAACAUGAGAGAAUUGUAUAGUUCCACUGUAAUGCCUCUGGAUUUUGUACUACUUUUUAUUUUAUUUUUUUAAAAAACUGAUGUAUUAUAGUGUUAAAGCAAAGAUAACAAAUUUACCAAUUAUAUAGGAAAAGUGCAAUAACAUGGAAAUUCAAGAUUUAAGGACAAGUAUUUUCCUUGUAUUGUGUAAUACUAAUUACUUUUCCACUGCUGCCCCCCUCCAUAACAUGUAUUUUUAAACAGUAUGAGAAUUGGUUAAAACUUCAUUUAAUGCCAUAAUGAAGCUGUGUUUUAAUAGGUGAUAGAAUGCACUGAAGUGCUGUUAUAUAAUAAAGAUUUCAUUAACAUUUUA